UUCAGUUCUGCCUUGCCCAGAUCAUCAUCGCAGAAAGCUGGACCAUCACUCAACAUGAUCGAUUUGUUUAAAGAACAAGGAGAGGCGCUUCUACCAUCUUCAGAACUCUACGAAGGUUCCCAUAGACCGAAGACCAAAAGGAGCCUCUGCACUCCAAAAUUAUUGACCCUGUGGACAAUUAUCAACCUCGUCUCUUCCCUGGCUCUGAUAUCGACAUUUGCGCUUCAACAACCACCAACCAUUAACUCUCUCCUGAAAAAGACCUCAUACUACUGUACGUAUAUCAUCUCAACUCUCAAAAGCUAAACAUUCUAACAACAUUAGCUCCCGUGCUUGAAUCAAUCGAAAUCCCCACUUUCACAUCUCAAAUCAACGGCUCC